UGUAUUAUAUUAAUUAAUUUUAUGUUUUUUUUUUAUACUUAUAGCACGAAUAUAAAUCCACUAUUAUAAAGCGAAAUUAUAUAAUACGUAAUAAGUUAAUAAGUUUUAUAAAUUGUAUAAUAGUUAUAGUUUUUGAGAAUGUCAAAUUACAAUGAUCGUCGCCGAAAAGAACGAGAAAAUAUUGGUUUGGUUGGCGUACCAUCAGUAUGGGAAAAAUCACCUCCACAACCACUAAAUGACUUAGAUUCUGAUGAAGAAAAAGCUUUAAAUCAAAACAAUCUUACAAUUGAUCCAGUAAAAUCACAUAAAAAGAGAAAAAAACAAAAAGAUAAAUCAAAGAAAUCUAAAAAGUCAAAAAAAGUGAAAAAACACAAAGAAUCACAUAAGAAAAAGAAAAGAAAAAAAGUAUCCUCGGAAAGUUCAAGCGGGUCAAGUAGUGAAGGUGAAGACGAUGAAUGGAUUGAAAAGAAAGCUACUGUAGAAUCUAUUGUAGAUGAUACUGUUGGACCAUUACCAAAGCCUAAUGUGACAUUGACUCAAAAAGAGUAUGGCCGAGCUUUACUGCCUGGUGAAGGAGCAGCUAUGGCAGCAUAUGUACAAGAUGGUAAACGUAUUCCACGGCGUGGUGAAAUUGGUUUAACAUCUGAUGAAAUAGCAUCAUACGAGUCUGUUGGAUAUGUAAUGAGUGGUAGUCGACACCGACGUAUGGAAGCUGUGCGUAUUCGUAAAGAAAAUCAAAUUUAUUCGGCUGAUGAAAAACGUGCAUUGGCCAUGUUCAGUAAAGAAGAACGACAGAAAAGAGAAAACAAAAUUCUUACUCAGUUUAGGGAUAUGGUUAAAAGCAAAACCUCAAAUAAAUAAUGAGGUAGAAAAUUAUAAAUGUUUUCAUGUUUGUGAAGUAUAGAAACUUAAAUUUUCUUUGACUGAUUACAAUAUAUUAUAUACCAUUAUUUUUAUAAUAAUAAUCAGAUUAUUAUUUUUA